CCAAAUUCUCUGCCAGCAGGUAAAUUAGCACAAAUUUGAGAAACCCAACAAACUUCGUAACCUAGUUUAUUUUACUUUGAAUUUCGGAAAAUUAACACAAAAUUCAAGAAACCCAUAAAACCUCACUCUAUCAGCGGAUUUGUGCGGGGAUUUGGCGGCUGACUACGGGGUGUGAUAGUGUAUUUUGGGCGGUGUUGUUUGGGCAGUGAAAGAUUGGGUGGCAGAAUUCGCACAAGGGGCUUUACGGUGGCGUGAGGUUUGUGACAGUAUAUUUUCCGGCGGUGAUGUCUUGGCUGUGGAGUGGUGGCGGUACUGACAGUUAAAGAGGAGUGGUGGUGACGGUGGUUUUGGUGAAGAAGGGACAGUGCAAUUUCGAUCAUCCAGGUCAAUUUGAAGAAUUCAAUUUUUUAUUUAGGCACCAUGUUUUCUACCAGUGCAUUUCAGUCCACACAACUAUAUAUAUACCAAUCUGCCCCUUUGCCGUAAAUCAUUCAUUCAAAAUUCCCCGGGAAUGAAUGCAUCGUUUCAAGUUUCAAAUUUUGGAGCGAAUAAAGCAAUGCAGCAAGCUUCGGCUCUCAAUCCAAGGCAAGAGUCUUCAUGCCUAUGUCAUCAAAACUGGCUUAGACGAGCAUCUACCCCUCUAUCCCAACGCACUCAUAGACAUGUAUGGCAAAAACGGUCAUCUGAAAGACGCCGUCAAACUGUUCGACGAAAUGCCGGACCGAGAUUUAGUCUCUUGGGCAUCAAUUUUCACCGCGCACAAUCAAGCCAACUUCCCCCGGCAAACCCUCUUCUUGUUCUCCUGUAUGUUGUCUAGGGAUGGUCUCCAACCGGACCAUUUCAUCUUCGCGAGUCUCGUUAAGGCUUGCGCUUGUUUGUCCGCCUCGAAACUUGGUCAACAGCUGCAUACCCAGUUUGUCCUAUCGCGUUUUUCUGAUGACGAUGUUGUUAAGUCAUCCCUAGUUGAUUUUUACGCAAAAUGUGGAUUGCCCGAUCAAGCUAGUAAAGUAUUCUACUCAAUUGUGUCGAAGAAUGUGGUUUCUUGGACUAGCUUGGUAUACGGGUACGCAAGGAUUGGAAGGAAAAACGAAGCCCUCGAGCUUUUACACGACAUGCCUUGUAAAAAUGUUCACUCUUGGACAGCUUUGAUAUCAGGCUUUGUGCAAGGUGGGCAUUGCACUGAGUCCUUUCGACUUUUUAAUCAACUGAGAAGUGAAGGAAUCGAUAUUGAGGAACCGUUUGUUCUUUCGAGUUUGAUUGUCGGUUCGUCUAGUUUAGCCAUGUUAGAACUCGGAAAGCAACUUCAUAAGUUAGUCUUAGGUUUUGGAUACGAGUCCAACUUAUACGUCAGUAACGCAUUGAUUGAUAUGUAUGCUAAAUGCAGUGAUGUAUUAUCCGCAGAGAAGAUUUUCGAUAGUUUGAGGGAAAGAGAUGUUGUUUCUUGGACUUCUAUUAUAGUAGGGAUGGCACAGCACGGGCGAGCAAACGAAGCACUGUCGUUGUACGAUGACAUGACUAAAGCUGGUUCGAGACCAAACGAAGUGACAUUUACUGGGCUAAUAUAUGCGUGCAGUCAUGUCGGAUUAGUCGACAAAGGCAGACAGAUUUUCGAAUCCAUGGUUGGGGAUUACGGGUUAAGCCCGUCUCUCCAACAUUACACAUGCUUAGUGGAUCUCUACAGUCGAGCAGGGCAUAUCGAAGAGGCUGAGAAUGUGCUAAACACGAUGCCGUUCGAGCCCGACGAAGCUGCAUGGGCUGCUUUAUUGAGCGCAUGUAGUAGUCAAGCUGGGAAAAACGAAACAGGGGUUCGAAUUGCGAAUCACUUGCUCCAGUUAGGAGUAGAGGACCCCUCGACGUGUGUAUUGAUGUCUAAAAUUUACGCAAGUGCCACUAUGUGGGAGAGUGUGUCUACUGUGAGAAGAUUGAUGACUGCAAUGGAGUCGAAGAAGAAACCUGGAUACAGCUGCGUUGACUUGGGAAAGGAGAACGAAGUUUUUUAUGCGGGCGAGACGAUGCUGCAUCCUAUGAGAAACGAGAUUGUUGAUUUAUUAAAGGAGUUGGAUUCGGAAAUGAGGAAGAGAGGUUAUAAACCGGACACGUCUUUGGUUUUGCACGAUAUGGGAGAGGAAGAGAAGGAAAGACGGUUGUUUUGGCAUAGUGAGAGAUUGGCUGUUGCUUAUGGGCUGCUUAAGUCUGCUCGCGGCGCGCCUAUACGUAUAAUCAAGAAUCUGCGUGUAUGCGGCGAUUGUCACACUGUUCUGAAGUUGGUGUGCAGCAUUGUCGGUAGAGAAAUUGUUGUUAGAGAUGCGAAUAGAUUCCAUCGUUUUAAGGAUGGUGCGUGCUCUUGUCGUGACUUCUGGUAAUAAUUACGAGAAUGUGUCGUAUAUGAUAUGUUACCUUCGUUUAAGUAUCCUGGCUGUUGGGCAUUUUUCGGUGGCAACUGUUUUUAUGUGAUAUUGGAAUUUUCCUAAAUAUAAUUUUUGCAAGAAUUUCACCCAAGUUGAAUCGAAAAGAGUGUUCACCAUCGGUACCCUUAUUAUAAGUUUCAUCUCCUGCGGUUGAAUAGUAGUCUGGUUUUUUCAAAUUAUCUAGACAUUUUUUCUUGUAACUUUUGACGUGCCAAAAUAUCCAUGUAUUGUAAUCCUAUUUGGGUGAGCAAAUAUUAUAACCAGUUGAGAAAAGGAGGAAGAAGAGGAUUAUCAGUUUAGCCGUUCAGGCUUAAUUAGAUAGUGUGUGAGAAAGACAGUUGCAUUGCUUGAAUAAUAAUAUAUAUAUAACAAUAUUAUUAUUAUUAUACACUAGCUAGCUACUAUUAAUGCUGGAGAUAAUAUAAAUUAUAAUCAAGUAUACAUGUGGUUUAUGAAAAUUAGGUCAUUUUUAUUAAAGAAUUAAAUGUAUUUAUGCAGUACUGAAUUGCAAUAAAACAUAAUUACUCAAUCAAAUUGUUUAAAUUAAAAA